GUGGGUCUACUUAGUACUCUCAACUGGUCACACCUUUUCUGGCGUGGCUAAUGUUUUUGUUUUUAAAUUGAAAUUUCUUAAAAAACAAUGUCGGCAGAAGAGACCGAAGCUGCCUUUAAACGUCACGAGGGGAUUGGUGCCCAGGUGAAGCAGGCCUACGAUGAAGCGAUUGGUCAAAUUUUUUCUGACUUGAGUCCUUCUGACCUGGAUGCAUGGGCAACUAUUUUCGAGGAACAUGAGGACUCUUCUUUGGAUACCGAGUCCUUAAUUAAUAACACUAGCAGCCGUAUGACAAAAGUCGUGCACGAAAUGAAUAAAUGUUUCUUCGCAAGCAAUGAUGUGGAAAACAAACUGAUUACAUUAGAGAUGCUAAAGGAACAUUUUGCUGCCUACGAAGGAAAGAAUUGGAAAUUCAACAACAUCUCCCCCGAAGAACUAACCAGGCCGCUGCGCAUGCGAAAUCUGGAUUUUAGCCUGUAUUUUAUGCAGCGUCAACUUGAAGCUCAGGCAAAGGAGCUUGAGAUUGGUAUGUUCAAAAGCAUUGCAAAUCGUGAACGCCUGCAAAAUGUGCAAAAUGAGCGAGUUAAACUGACCGCCAAAAUAGAACUGCAUUUAUGCCAGUACAAGGACUUGAAGCCCCAGUUGAUCGAGCUGGACCAGGCAAUAAACAAUUCGUAUUUGGCAAAGGAAAAUACAUUUAAUAAUUAACA